AUGCUUUGUGAACACCGAGAGAAUCCGCUGGACUACGUGAGAAUGUCUCCAACACCUGGUUUCAAGCAAAAGUUGAUGGAUAUGAAAUUUAGAAGUCGAAAAAUAAGUCCAAUUGUCAUUGACGACAACGACAGCGGCGAUGACAUUCCUGAGGACUACGAUCCCCGAACCAUUUGGAAGAACUGUUCUUCGUUCUUCAUCAUCAGCGAUCAAGCAAAUUGUGCCUCGGGUUGGGCAGUCUCGACCGCAGCUGCUAUUUCGGAUCGCAUCUGCCUUGCUACCAAGGGAAAGGAGCAGGUUUAUAUUUCCGCAGCUGACAUUUUGUCGUGCUGUGGAAGGGCUUGCAGUGAUGGAUGUGAAGGGGGCGAUCAUGUUAGCGCCUGGGAAUUUUUCGAAUCUGAAGGUGUAGUGUCUGGAGGACCUUACCUCGGCAAGGGCUGUUGCCGUCCUUACCCUUUUCAUCCAUGUGGACAUCAUGGGAACGACACCUACUACGGAGAGUGUCCAGAAACGGCGGUCACUCCGAAAUGCACAAGGAAAUGCCAACCUGGCUUCAGGAAAAUAUACAGAACGGACAAGCAACACGGUGUGUCUGGUGGAACUUACACGUUACCGAAUUCGAUGAAAGCUAUCCAAAGAGAUAUCAUGAGGAGAGGUUCAGUGACUGCCACCUUUGAUGUUUAUGAGGACUUUUCGCACUAUCAAUCAGGAAUCUACAAGCAUACCGCUGGUAGCGAACAAGGCCGCCACGCCGUCAAAAUAAUAGGAUGGGGGAAAGAAAAUGGUACGGACUACUGGAUUAUCGCGAACUCGUGGCAUGACGACUGGGGAGAAAACGGAUUCUUCCGCAUGAUUCGAGGCAUCAACGACUGUUACAUUGAAGAUGAAGUAGCCGGUGGAAUCGUCGAUGUUGACAUUCUCUAA